GUGCGGCGACUGCAGAAGAGUAAGGCCGAAGUGACCUUUGGACCAACCAGCUGCCGUGCUAAGCUUGGGAAGAAGGUGCUGUGGAGUCUGGAAGAGGAGACCAGCUGCAUCAAGGACCUGUGGCAGCUGCCCAUCAUCCCUUGGAAUGGGAAGACUCCAACAGCAGUAGAGCAGCAGCAGCAGCAGCAGCAUGAGUCUCCAUCUUGAGUUCCACACCCGCCUGAGCGUCCUAGGAGGGAUGUGCGCCCUCCAGUGAGGCUGACCUAUGGGGGAAGAGGCAGGCCGAAUGUGGUGCAGGCUGGGAGUGUGGUUGAGCAGAUUGAGGAAGAUGAGAUCGCUCACUGCUACUGGGCACCAAUCCCUGAGCCCAAGACUCGAGAGGAGGCCUUGAAUGGACCAAAUGGGGAGAAGUGGAAGGCGAGUGAGGAUGAGGAGUUCGGGUCCCUAAUUGAGAACGAGACAUGGGACCUGUGUGACUUGCCUCCUGGAAAGAAGGCAAUCACUUCCAAGAUGAUCUACAGGCACAAGUAUGGACCUGAAGGGGAGCUGACCCGCUACAAGUCUAGGCUUGUGGCACGGGGGUUUCAGCAGACAAAGGGGAAGGACUAUGAUGAGGUGUUUGCUCCUGUGGGGAAAGGAACAACACUGAGGGUGCUGUUGGCGAUAGCUGCACUCCUGGGAUGGAAGAUUCGGCAGAUGGACAUUGUGACUGCCUUUCUGAAUGGGAUCAUUCUGGAGGAGGUGUACAUGAAGCAGCCAGAGGGGCUGGAUGAUGGGAGCGGCAGGGUCUGCAGGCUGAAGAAGGCCAUCUAUGGCCUUAAGCAGGCGCCUCGUGCAUGGUAUCACAAGUUGGAGGAGGCGCUGCUGGCUGGGGGUUUCAAGAAGAGUGAGUGUGACCCCAGCCUGUUCCUGCUGCAGGAGAAGGACGAAAUCCUCAUGCUCUUGGUGUAUGUGGAUGAUAUCCUUCUCUUUUCUGCAUCAACUGCUUUGCUGGACAGCGCAGAGCAGAUGCUGGAGAUGCAGUUCAAGUGCUCCAAGAUGGGUGAGGUGAAGUACUACCUGGGGAUGCAUGUGGAGAGAGAUGUGGAGAAGGGUGUGCUGAGGUUGCACCAGAGGAAGUACUGUGAGGGGCUGGCUGAAAAGUAUGGGCUGCAAGAUGGGGGAAAGCCAGCAACACCACUACCUUCAGGGUUUACUGUGGAGCCAUGUGCUGAUGAGGAGGUAGUGGGUGAGAGUGACAGAAAGCUGUUUCAUUCGAUGGUUGGGUCGCUGAAUUAUGCUGCAAAUCAUACACGGCCUGACAUUGCAUUUUCUACAUCACGGUUGGCUAGUGUGGUCUCACGCCCUAGUCAUGAGCAGCUGGAAGCGGCCAAGAGGUUGGUCCGCUAUGUGAGUGCUACGGCAUCAGUGGGAUUGGAGUACAGUGGAGUGAGGCAGCGGUUGCAGAGAGGUGCUGCAGAUGUGAAGAGUGGAGAGAUGCUCUUGAGUUGCUAUACUGACGCUAGCUUCAACUCAGUGAAAGCGGAUGGCACCAGCAUUGGGGGUUAUGUGUGCUUGCUGGGAGGUGGUGCUGUGAGCUGGCGCAGCAAGAAGCAAAAUGAGGUGGGAUUGUCCUCAUGUGAGACUGAGUACAUGGCCUUACACCAUGGGGCCAAGGAAGUGGUAUGGCUGAGGCGUUUGUUGGAGGAGUUGGGAGUUGGUCAGGAGGAGCCGACAGUUGUGUUCUGUGACAAUGAGUCUGCUGUGAAGCUCGCCAAGAAUGCUUGUCUGCAUGGGCUGACAAAACACAUAAGGCCUAAGUGGCACUGGGUGAGAAGACUCCUUGAUAAGGAGGUGCGGCUGGAGAUAGUGAAGACCCAUCAGCAGGCAGCAGAUAUUUUCACUAAGCGUCUGGCGGAGGCGGAUCAUUGGAAAGGCAUGAAGCUUGCUGGAAUGAGUGUGCAUUGAGUAUGCAUGCUUGAGAUGUUGGUAUGGUGGUUGAUGGUUGGCAGCCAGAGGGGGAGAUUGUUGUGUGAUGUCAUCAUAUGCUAUCACAUUCUAUUGAGUUAAGUUCUCCUCCUACAGCUUACCCCCUAAUGCGUCGAAAGCCAUAGCGUCGCGAAUACUUCAUCAAUCAACGUGAUUCAAAUUGGGAACGGUAGCUGAGAUUAAGAGCUACAACAUAUCUAAGUUUCGCGACAUUCCAACGGCUAGUUUUUCGUCGACGUUGUUUCUUGUGAAGACGACUUUUCUGUCCAGAAUUUCGGAUUUAUAUUUUGAGUAAUUCUAGUUCCUAAGUUCACCUAGACUCCGUCCUUAA